AGUGGUCGUGGCACGACGCUUCAGCCGCAGAUGGGAGGGAACGCGGUCGCUGGGCCAUCCGCGCCAGAUGGUUCGACGGGAUCCACUAGGCCUCCGGCAGAGAAAAUGUCCAGACCCCGUCUGACGCACUUCAUUGCGCUUCCGAUGGGCCACCACGAAAGGCUGCGCGAGACGAUCGGUACGUUCACGGACGCGCUCCUGGCGGCAACGCUUAUUAUCCCGGGGCUAGACGCGACGGUCGUGAUACCCCCACGGCGGCUGCACUUUACGCUCGGCGUGAUGUCGCUCGAUGUUGAAAAGGAGAAGCAGCGAACACUCGAGAUGGCAAAGAACGUCUUGCAGGAACUGCGGCCGAAGAUUCUUGAGAUCCUGGGUGGAGAGAAGUUGGUUGUGAGGUUGGACAGGAUGGACAUCCUGAAACCCGAGCGGGGAAGCCGGGAGCGGGCGAACGUGAUGUGGAUCGGACCGUCGCUCGAAAGCGAAAGCGCAAGAAAACUGAGGCGUGUAGCCGAUGCGAUAGUGGAGGCGUUCAAGCGAGCAAAUUUGCUGGUAGACGAGAAGCGAGAACUGAAGGCAAGCACCACCACGAAGUCCGAGACACAGCUGCAUUGCACGGUGUUGAACACAAUCUACAGAAAGCCGCGCGGAAGAACGCGAACGCCGUUCUCGUACAGCUCGGUGCUAGCUUCGGACGCCCUGAAGGCGGUGCGGGCGCAGGAGGCGGGACAAGAUGAACAUGUGGAGAAUUUGAAGGGGCCUGUGCAGGUCGACUUUGGCGAGUGGGCGGUCGAGGCGAUCGAGGUGUGCGAGAUGGGUAGCUGGGGACCAGAGGGCGAAUAUGUGGCCGUCGCACGUUGCUUGCUGGAGUAG